UUCCACAAUGCUCCUCGUGCUCUCAGGACUACUUCUACCACUCCUGCUGGACCCAUCAUUCAUUUCGGGUCAAACAACAGAUGGCAACGUGAAUAGAUCCCAAGGUGCUGUGAAUUUUACUUUAAAAGAUGACGGUGCUGUGAAUGUUAUUUUGGAAGAUGACGAGAGCUUCCAGAAUCAGGAGCAAAUGCACCAUUAUCACCGAUGUGAUGAAAACUUGCUUAAGACAUUUGGAGAGGAAUUUUGCUGGUAUGAUAUAUUCGAUGUUCACAUGAUGGAAAUUGACAAGGGGGACUGGUGUAAUUGGGAGAUGGUUCUCAGUGCUUACAACAAUCUGACUGUGUGUUUGGAACAACUUGCUGGCUAUGCUAAGUGUUACUACCCGAAUGCUGUGGUGCAAGACCUCUUUGUCAAAGUUCAUAAGCAAUACUUCAGCUCAUGUGGAACAAGGGAAGACGCCCUUCCCGAUGCGCCACCGGGAGUAGUCCUUAUUCUCACCCUGCUGCCCGUCAGUAUUAUUCCCAUAUUGGUCUACAUGGUUAUUUGGAAAAGUAGUCAGAUGCCAUCAUCGACCUCAUGUCUGUCUCCAGAUAUCUGUUUUUGAAUAAAACUGAGCAGAAUCAGGAUCUCAGGAUGAUCUCUUCCCUUCAAAACACUUGCUUAGGAGUCUCCAAAUCAUUUUACAUAUAGCUGUCACUAGAAGUGUGGAUAUUUGAUUGUUUCUUUGUGUCUCUGUAAAAUUCUGUCUAGUAGAAUAUCAGUUAUGUAAUAUAAAAACAGCGUUGGCAACCCCUGUUCUAUAAUUUAUUAGUUUUAUGAUUCACCAUCUACUUACUUACUUGUUAUGAUCUGUUAUAUUGUAAAUACAGCACCUGUCCUUUUAAGCUAACCUGAAUGUUUACAAGCCUGCUCUUAACAAACUGACCGACCUGCUGUCUUUUAACCACUUUGAGAAGCUUUUCUUCAUCCCCACAAACUCCUUUUCCCUCUCCCUCUUCCGUUUUGUGCCCCGGAGAGCUUUUUUUUCUGCCCCUCCAUCUCUUACACACUGCAGGUGCGCCACGACGGGAAAAAAAAAAACACACGCCUGGGCGAGUUCUCUACGGGGCGCAUUCUCAAGCGCCUGUGUUUGGGAGGAAGUGACUGGAGGGUAGAGGGGAAGGAGUGGAUGGGCGCCUGAUUAGUGCUGUGCUUCUGUUUUUUGAUAUGUAUUAUCAUACACGAACAAACAGCUCUUACAGAAAAUGCUGACAAGAAAUAAUUUUCCGGCAUCGAUUUGGCGCCCCCUCUGGUGCAGCGCCCCUAUGCUUUGCAUACGCUGCAUACCCCCUUUUUGCGCCACUGACUACAGUGGUUCUAUAUGAUACAAUAAUACACUGUAAAAUUGCAAAGGAUAUUAUUAUAAUAUAAUAUUAUAUUGAUAUAUGUUUAGUAGUAUACUGUAAUACUUUCAAAGUAAUUAAAACUAAAAAUUGUAUAUUAUUGUGGAUUAUUGUAAAACUUCACAUUAUUAUAAUGUAUUACUCCCUUAGUAUAAAUAACUUUUUCGAAGCAUAUUGUAAGACUCACAGUAUAUGCUUCAAAAUGUACACCCCUUCCCCCCCAGAAAUGUGCAUGGCAAUUAAUAUUUUGUAACAGUUGUGCAAAAAAACACCCAGUCUGGUUGCUGGGCAGCCAAGACUGUUGUCAGAAAGUCAGAAGGCUAUGGUGUCUGGUAUAAACCACCAGAAGAUACUGUGGCUCAAAUUACAGAACAUUUUAAUUAUGGUGAUGAGGUCAAUACACAGUGCUUCAAAAUCUUCUGUGUUGGUGCCAGUCAUAGGCCGGUCAAAGUGCCCAUGCUAACUAUUGUUAUCAUCAAAAUCACCUAACUAUCAAAAGCACACAGGUAUUGUAACUAGACAUCAGAGCAGUAGAAGAAAGGUGACUGGUACCAGUGAAUCCUGCUUCACCCAGCUUAUGUAACUGGCCAGGUACAUGUGCAGCGUUUACCUGUGGAGGAUAUAAGUUAAAGGACCUGCUAUUCAUGUCCUGCUGCCAGACAUCACAGAGAUUCUUUAGAUGGCUUGGCAGUUUUGGCUCAUGGGUGUACAUGGUAUUAGUAUACACUAAUAAAUGUAGUAUUCUGUUUUACUUUUUAUAGUACUGCAGUAGAGUGUAAAAUACUGUAAUAUAGUUUAAUCAUGUACUGAAAUGUUGAAACAAAGCUCACAGUUUAAAUAGUAUCAACAGACUCUUAGAGAACCAUACGGACUGCCGUAUCUGCUCUUUGACGUUGAGGUAAUCUGUUGUUUAUGUAACCUAAUUUAAAUGUACUGCAUUAAACUGUACAGUAAUAAACAUUUGAAUU